AUGCAGUUCGUUACUGACACCGCUAACGUCAUCCCGCCCAAGAACCUCUACCCCUGCCUCGCAACCAUCUCCCUCUUCACCCCCUUCGACCCCACUUCUGAGGGCGACCGCCGCUCCUCUUUCGGAUCAUUCUCCGACAAAGAUCGCGACGCUCAUAAGGACGAGAGCGGCAACGCGCUCACCCGCAUCCUCUCGGGCUCCAGCGGCAGGAGAAAGAGUACGGCUGUCGAUGCCGUGGCUCAGACCUCUAGCCCGGGGGGAAGGGAUAGUGGAGUAGGCAGAAGGAGGAGGUUUAGUCUCUCUGGUAAAGAUGAGGAGGAGGCUAGAAGCCCGCCUGAGGGAAGGUGGUACUGGCGAGUACGAGUUGGAGUUACCGACUCUCAAGUCGUUCUCCUCCCCCUGUCCGAUCCUGCCAACCCCCUCCUCACUUCUGCUCCUCCUCCUCUUUCCACCGCCGUCCCCUCUCACGCCGCGCACUCUUCUCGCACCACCACCAACGCCGGAGAAAGCGCCAUCAACAACUCCAACGUCAAUGCUCUUCACCCGCCCGAGAAUGACAGCGGGAUAGCCAACAAGAUGAAGAACUUCUUCAGGCGUGGAAGCACUACCAACAAGGAAACCUCCGCUUCUACUGGGCAGCAGUCUGGAGCUCAGGCUGCCAUGAACGAACCCAUCACCGACCAGACUGCCUCUGGCGCUACCCUCCCUUGUGCCGCGGCUAAUGAGGCAGGAGCUACUGACACCAACGGCAGCUCUGAGCUCGCAUGGCCUGGAGUCAUCGAUGGGGACAAGCUCGCUGCUGUGAUCAUUCCCACCUGGGCUUUGGUCAAGGACAGGGUUCAGCUCAAGCACAAGAAGGCCGAAGGCACUUGGGUCAUUGUUCAGGUCAAGGACGAGGAGCAUCACCCUCUUCAGGCUGUGGGCAGCAACCGUCAAGACGAGAGCAGUUUCCCAAAGUCGGGUACUAUCAAGUUUGAAUUCGACAAGGACUGGAUCGGAGCUAAAGACGAAGCGGAGCUCUUGCAGCACCACAUCCAGCAUGCAGUAUCCAAUGCCCUCACCCCACCCAAGCACACUCACCAGCCCGCCGAGCAGGCGCCCUUCCAACUCGGAUCCAGCGCUGGCCAUGUGAACAACAACACCACCCGUGCUAGAGCAGAAGAAGGGACUGGGUUUGGCGCUGAAAGCCAGUCUUUGCAGUCUGGGUACGGUACGCGUAAUGCUCAGACCGCUGAACCUGUUGUGGGCGCACCGGCCGAGUUUGGAUCUUCUUUCCCCUCCCAGGGAGCUGGGGAUGGGCAGGGCCAGCAGCAGGGCUUGAGGUAUGACGAUGUCGGGCCGACUGAUGUGAUUGGCAAGCACGCCGGGUUCCCGCAGGGCGGACUUUCUGUGGCUGCUGCCAGCUAA